AUGUCCAUUGACACGGAAUUUGGGUGGUACUACAUGGCUUGCAAAGCCURUGGUAAAAAAGUGCUACCUAUUGAUACGGAUGAAGUGAAGAACACUUUUCCAGGGAAAGUUUUUCCCAAACAGCUUUGGAAGUGCAAAACUUGCAACGCAGAUGUUGAAAKUGUGAUCCCCAGCGGUGAGGAUGAAUCAACUCCAUCCUCUAAGCGUAAAAGCAACGAGUCCAUUGAUUUGGUUGAUGAAAAUGAUGAAAACUCUUCAACCAAGAAACUUUGCAUGUCCGAUAGCAAAACAGAAGGAAUCAAAAAGGACCUUAUGAAGGAAAUUAAGAUAGAGAAGAAUGAAGAGCCUGCAAACAAAGUGGAAUAA